AUGGAUGAAGAGUAUGAAACAGACUUUUUCCGACAACAACAGGAUCUACGCAGACUUCUGAAUGGCCGGCGCCCGGUGCAUGCGGCAGCCGACAAAGUAAUUAACAAACGGCAACGCAUUGAGUUAGAGGAAGAGGGGAGAUCUUUGGAUGAGGAACUCCGCUCAGGUGGCUCUGUGGACGGGGACUUGCCAGCAGGACGGAAGACUACAGCCAAGCAGAUGCAAGAUAUCACGAGCAGUGACGACGAAGGGGAGGAUUUGGCAGCAGGACAAAAAACACCGCCCAAGCAGGUGCAAGGAAAUUUCGAUGAGGUUCCUCCGGUCAAAGAAAGCGUCCUUCCAUCACGAUACACAGGGCUGAGCAAGUUUACAUUGAGCGACAAGGAUCAAGAUUUGUACAACGAGGCUGCUAAGUGGUUCAGAUCAAAGAUGGGGCGAGAUACGGAAUCUGUUAUUCAAAAUCUUCGCGAUGACCGGUUCUGGGAGCCUUGGGUGCAUGAUUUACUUUACGACCGACUCAAGCUCCUCCGUACUGGCCUUAACCCUCAAUCUGACGAGAACACCUACACAUCAUUCUGGAUCGUGCCAGACUUCGUGGCAUUGCAGACAGGGAUUCCAGGCCUGAUUUCCAAAGGCUUCGCAAACGAAAACCACUUUACCCCAUCCGCUUGGCGUCGUGCACUUUCUAGGGGGAAAACUCAUGCCAAAGGCUCAAAUGUCGACGCCUAUUAUGUUGCCCGAGACAACUAUGUCGAUAUUCUCUUUGAGAACGUUGGGUCGCCCACAUGCGCAGAUCACUCAAAACAUGUCGAGGACAAGGAGAAAUCGUACAGGAAUGCCGCGGAUGCACUGCUCGAGCGUUUUUACAACUCCUCAGGGUCGUUCGAAAUUGCUAAGGGCUACAGUGUCAUAAUCGUCAUCGUCUUUGGCCACGAUCUGUCGAUUUACACUACCAACAUCAAGGAUGUCAACGAGUUCUCCGUGUCAAAAGUAUUUGAAGGAAAAUACCACUUUUCGAAGGAUGUUUAUCUCACAAACAUUCUGCUCCAUUUGAAGUUUUGUCUGACGAUAAAGACAAUCAUGGAGAGGAACAUUGACGUGUUAAUCGAUUUUGGAAACUCAAUCGAGUCAUUGCCAAUUGAAGAACAAGCUCGCUUCAACCUGCGACUUCAUACAACACCUACGAUAGAACGGAAGCGCAGACGGAGUUCCAUUGGUGGCUCCCAGAAGGUGUAG